UGAGGGCUUUGCCAACUUGCAGCAAGUCCCGGAGUUCAGGCUCUUUGAUGAUGUGCCUUCGUCCCACAAGGGAUGGAAGGACAAGUAUUGUUACAUACGCCUGGAGGAGAACCCCUUUCCGGCCUCGCUUCGCAACAGCUUUUGGCGUCAUCCGAAGGUAGGGAGUGCGGCCCUGGAGAAGAACGGCAGGAUACUUUCCAAGAAGCCAGAGGGAUCCGAUAAGCACGUGAAGAUCAAAGACGUCACCCUUUCGGACGAACUGUUCAAGCUUGGCUUCCGGCAAUAUCGGCCGAGAGGCUCGGAGGAUGAAAGCUACCCUCCGAUAGACUGCGUAUUCGAGAGAGCCGAAGGUGAUUACCGAAGGGGCAUAUGUUUUGUACUUGGAGGAUUUUUCCCUUGUUUUUUUCAAUCCAUGUCACUAUAAUUGCUACCCCUCGGCCUAACCAUUUUGCGUCUUGUCUAUGGAGGUAAUAAUAUGGACGUGAGAUCUCUUUUCGCCUUGAAGAACGCGAAGGGGAAGAAGAAGGGUCCGGUGGGCGCUUCCGUCAGGGAGGAGUCCUCCCAAGCUGCUGCUGCCGGUGCUGGUGCCGGGGGGGUCCAAAGGUGCAGAGGCCACGAAGAAAAAGAACGAUGGUAAGGGGACCGAGCCCCCGGCCAAGAAGUUGAAAGCCGCGGCCUCCGGCAAGCAGCUGGUUGCUGACGUUGUCGUCAUUAUGGAUGAGGGGCACGCCUUCGGUCUCAUCCCUCAGGAGCACAUCAACCAAGACUUCUUCGGCCGGGAGAAGUUGGAGGCAAUAGUGCCGAAGGGGGCAUCCGUGUUGGAGGGUAGCCUCAACCCCUCGGUGCUGAUGAGCCAGAUGCUGCCCUCGGCCGAUCGGCUGGCCCUCGCCAGGAUGGAUGAGGACUCCCUUGAAGCCAAGAUUCUACUGAGCAGUGCCUCCAACUUCAUGGGCCUCUGUGAGUAUCUCCGGAGGGUGGAGCAGAUGAAGGGGGCCAAGGGUGCUGCUUAAGGGGAAGUUGACAGCCUUAGAAAGAGGCUGGCUGAGGCCGAGGAUUCCCUCUGCUUGGCUACUGACAGCAUGG